CCGCUUGGCCGUGAAACUCGACACCGCGACGGUGACCGGAGCCGCGCGGACGGAGCCCCCGUUUAAAAGGGAAAGCCAUGGGAGGAAGGCUCCUUACUCCGUCACCACCCCCGGCAGACAGGCAGGCAGGCAGGCAGCCACUCACUCACUCCCUCCUUCCUUCCAUCCGGAGCAGCCUCAAUGAAUGAAACACUGGGGAAUAUCCACACGCACGCCAGCGGGGAGCUUCUGUGUCCACACGGAUUGAUUGUAUGUCGGCCUUUCGUCAACAUGCGUUUUCUUUCCCGGAGCUUCCGUAGCGACGCGUGACUGCCUCAGCCAGCGAGCGACCGGCCACCGGUGUGUCUUCUUCAUGCCCGCCCUUGUCAAGGAGUCACGCUGUGAUUGACGGAUCAGGUUUUUGACUGCCAGGACAAAUGAAUACAAAUGAAUUUAGGCACCCAAAGGAGAGAUUGCAAAACCUCUCAUCUAGACACAAAGAGAGCCCUACUGCUCUGCACCGUUUUCUACUGUACUUGUUACCUGGGACUUACACAAGUACACUCUGAAGAUGUGGACAUCCUCCAGAAGUUGGGGCUCAAGGGAGACAAGCCAUCUCGCUCCGUCCCAGCUGGGGUCAUCCCCUUCAAAUCCGGAAUCAUCCUCAACCAACUGGCGCACAUCGAGGGUCCGCUGCGCUCCAUCUGGCCCACGGCGCUCUGGAGCGACGCGGCGCUGGUGCUGAGCGUGCGCUCGCACCGAGUCAACAGCGCUUUCCUCUUCACCCUGCUCUCGGAGAAGAAGAAGCUUCUCCUGGGCCUGCAGCUGGUACCGGGCGGGCUCGUCCUCCACACGGGACCCAACUCGUCGGCGACGCUGCCCUACGAGCCCCACGACGGCCAGUGGCACCAGCUGGCGGUGGGAAUUAAAGGACGCAAAGUGACUCUUUAUGCCUCCUGCGGAGAGCACAGUGUUCACGUGGACUUUGGCUGGGGCGGCGAGGAGGGACUGGCGCCGGAGCACGACGACUCCUUCCUCCUGGGCCGCUCCAGCCAGCAAGCUUGGGCUCACUUUGAAGGCGCCAUCUGCCAGUUUGACCUGAUCCCCACCGCCCAGGCAGCGCACAACUACUGCAAGUACAUUAAGAAACAGUGCAGGGAAGCCGACACCUACCGGCCCAAUCUUGCGCCCUUGCUGCCCGUCCUGCCGCGACACGUCAACGCGUCCACCGCCGCCCCCAAACACGGCGGUCCGAUAACCAAGAAGGCGGCCGGGCGCAGCCUGGCCCGGAGCGUCGCGGCCGCCGCCUCGGCCGUCAGGUAUCCCGGCCAAACGACCAAGCCCGCCCCCGGAGCCACUCCUACGCCUUGGCCCAGAACCGCCAUGCCCGUCACGGCUCAUCUCGGCCUCGCGCCUCCGCCGACCCAGGCCGUAACCCCGACCGUCACGGCUCCGCUCAGGACCACGCCGGCCCCGGCCAAAGCACCUGCCCCUAAAACGACAAGUCAGACGACCCCCGGAGCAACUUCUCCGAAGCCCAGCUCUCAACAAAAGACGAAAGCCGCAGCUACCACAAAGCCAAAUCCGUCCACGGCAACACUUGACUCCACUUUAUCAGCUCAAGCUCCGGCUCUGAAGAAACCGCAGCCCACCGCAGCUAAGAAACCCCCCCUCGAGCCCAAAGUGGUCCCAUCCAAAGCCACCAAACCCAAACUCAAUUCUGUCAAAGUGUUUCCCUCUAAAGCGGUGCUCUCAAAAGCCAAGCCUUCCAAAGCCACCACGUCCAAAACCUGGGCUAAAACCGCCAAGCCCAACCCGAAACAGGCGCUCAAGCCGACCAAGCAGGCCAGAACCGCCAAGGCACCGGUCAGCCCACGCGCGACCACACCUGCGUACAACCUCGUGACGUCACCCGCCACCGACGGCUUCCAGAGUUGGGAGGUGACACCGACGCAGUUCUCCCUGCUCGCCGGAUCCGUGGGAUUAAAAGGAGAACCCGGCCCCGCGGGACUGCAAGGACCUCCAGGGAAGCCGGGCCUGCCAGGCAAGAGGGGCGCUCGGGGUCCCCCGGGUCCCCACGGAAACCCUGGCCGACCCGGUCCGGCCGGGCUCAAGGGUCGCAAAGGAGACCCCGGCAUCUCACCCGGACCGGCCCCCAAAGGAGAGAAGGGCGACACGGGAAUCUUGGGCCCGGACGGAAUGACAGGUCAAGAAGGUCGAAAGGGACAGAAAGGUUACCCCGGUCCACCCGGACUCCCCGGAGAACCUGGCGAGCAAGGUCCAGUCGGAAGCCCAGGUGCCAAAGGUUAUCCUGGCAGGCAGGGUUUACCUGGGCCAGUAGGACCGGUGGGGCCCAAAGGCGCACGGGGUUUCAUUGGAAUCCCCGGGCUUUUCGGCCUCCCCGGCCCGGACGGAGAAAGAGGCAUUCCAGGCGAACCAGGCAAGAGGGGCAAGAUGGGUAGGCCGGGCUUUCCAGGCGACUUUGGAGAACGAGGACCACCAGGAGCCGACGGAGAACCAGGCCCGAUGGGAGCUCCGGGUCCAAAUGGAGUUCUUGGUCUAAUUGGUGACAUGGGACCUGUUGGCGAGAUGGGCCUUCCUGGUCCCAAUGGACUGAAGGGGGUGCCCGGAAAUCCAGGAGAACAAGGACUGAAAGGUGAUAAGGGUGACAUCGGGCUUCCCGGCGAGCAAGGCGAGAUGGGCUUCAAAGGAGACAAGGGCAACCAGGGCGCUCCAGGACCGCCUGGCCCCCGUGGGAAACCAGGACCACAGGGCAGUCUGGGCGACAAAGGUCCCGAUGGCGCAGCAGGACCGUUAGGCCUCGAGGGUUUCCCCGGCGACAUGGGACCACCGGGAGAGAAUGGCCUCGAAGGACCAAAGGGAAAACUGGGCACCAGAGGCUUACCGGGGCCGCAGGGCUUACCUGGCUUGGAGGGAGACGAGGGCCCGAUCGGACCUCCGGGACCGACGGGACUCGAGGGUCGACUGGGCAGAAAAGGAUUCCCCGGGAAGGUCGGGCCUGAAGGAGUCAAGGGAGAAACUGGCAUCAUGGGGAAAGUUGGCUCCAUGGGAGAAAGAGGCUUGGUGGGUUUCAUCGGCCCCGUGGGCGAGGUGGGAAUGGCAGGAGAGAAGGGCGAUCGAGGCACGAUGGGUCUUCCCGGACCACCUGGAGAGAAAGGCUCAGAUGGUCACACAGGGACACCGGGGGAGACCGGGCCUUCAGGACCACCAGGAAGACCAGGACCCCCUGGGGCGGCAGGGCCCGCAGGUAGCAGAGGAACCAAAGGCUUGCGGGGCGCAGCGGGGCCCGACGGUCCAACGGGAGAGAGGGGGUCAGAGGGCAAGAAGGGUCCAGACGGUCCUCCCGGAAAGAUUGGCUUCCCCGGCCCCCAGGGUAAAAUCGGGGAAUCGGGAGAAAGCGGGCCUAAAGGUUUUCCUGGUAUCCAAGGCCCGUCGGGGGCACCGGGGGACAAGGGAAUCGCAGGCGAGCAGGGACCACCCGGGCCGCCGGGAACUUUGGGACUGUUGGGAGAAAUUGGUCAAAAGGGACCUCCGGGUAGCUUGGGCGAACCAGGAGUGCCGGGCGAGCCCGGUGAUAAGGGUGCCAUCGGUGCGGACGGGAACAUGGGCGAGCAGGGGCUCACGGGCCCUCGGGGCGAGCCGGGUUUGGAGGGAGAGGCUGGUCCUGCUGGUCCCGAUGGAACUAAGGGUGAAAAAGGCGACAUGGGCCAGGAAGGCGACAACGGUGAAAAGGGGGAAACGGGUUUAAAGGGAAAGGAAGGCCCGCCCGGCAGUCCUGGAAUCCCUGGUGUCAGAGGCCAAGAGGGCAAAUGUGGCAAAAUUGGAGAAAGAGGCAAAGUUGGGCCAAAGGGCGCCAAAGGUCACCAAGGUCACCUCGGGGAGACUGGGACAGCAGGCAAGAUGGGACCGCAGGGCAGCGUCGGGCCCAAAGGCUCCAGAGGGACCAUCGGACACGUGGGAGCUCCAGGCCGAAUGGGUCAACAAGGGGAAACGGGCCUUUCGGGUUAUGAGGGCCACCAGGGACGGUCUGGCCCGAUGGGUCGUCCGGGACCAAAAGGUGAAAAGGGCGAGCAGGGGGAUGACGGCAAAACCGAGGGUCCUCCUGGUCCUCAGGGUGAUAUCGGUCCUCCGGGCGACGGGGGAGAGAGGGGCGAACCGGGCGACCCGGGUUACAAAGGUCAAGUUGGCGUGGACGGAGAACGAGGCCGAGCCGGCGCUCCCGGACUUCCUGGACAUCCUGGACCGCGAGGCACUCAAGGACCCAAAGGGGCCAAAGGAGAUCAAGGUCAAAAAGGCAAAAGGGGUCAGGCGGGAGCAAAAGGAGCCCGAGGAACGGAGGGGCCAGCCGGUCCAAUCGGGCCCAGAGGCGUGGUGGGCAGAGAGGGACAGGAGGGAGCGCCCGGGAUGGACGGAACGCCAGGAAAGGACGGAAGCAAAGGCCCGCCGGGGGAGUAUGGAAGCGACGGCGAGACCGGCCUCCCGGGAAAAGCCGGCUCUCACGGCAAAACCGGGGUGACGGGACUGCCGGGCGAUCAAGGGGCCUUUGGACCAAAGGGGGAGCGAGGUCUUCGCGGACCCAGCGGACCGCCGGGGAAAAGAGGCUUUCGGGGUGGAAUGGGACUUCCGGGGACACGGGGAGAUGCCGGAGCCAAAGGACAACCCGGUGACGUCGGUGAAUCUGGCUUUCCUGGAAUUCUUGGAGUUUUUGGUCCAAAGGGACCUCCAGGAGACUUUGGGCCAAAGGGCAUACGAGGGCCAAAGGGGCCACAAGGCGACAUGGGCCGAGGCGGAAUCGUGGGCCCCGUGGGAAUUAUUGGCCCCAGUGGAAGCGCAGGCCCCAGAGGAGAAAAAGGCAACCGAGGCGCCAUGGGAGUCCAAGGACCUCGGGGAGCUCCCGGACCUCGCGGACGGCGUGGCCCACCGGGUCCUAUGCGUGUCCCUCCAUCAUUUAAAGAGGAUGGUCUUUUGUAUAUGGAUUCACACAGCCAGCUCAGGAAUGAGAAUAAGCUAGUGAUGGACCUGCCCAUGCUGGACCAGGGUGCAGAGAUCUUCAAGACCCUCCACUACCUCACAAACCUGAUCCAGAGCCUGAAGAACCCACUGGGCACCAGGGACAAUCCUGCCCGCAUCUGCAGGGACCUGCACAGCUGUGAACAAAAGUUAAAUGAUGGCACUUAUUGGAUCGACCCUAACCUCGGCUGCACGUCCGACACAAUCGAAGUCUCCUGCAACUUUACGGGCGGCGGACAGACCUGUCUGAAACCAAUAACCGUGUCCAAGCCAGCGGUCAGCGUUGGCCGCGUCCAGAUGAACUUCCUCCACCUGCUGAGCGCCGAGGCGGUCCAGCACGUCACCAUCCACUGCCUGAACGUCUCCGUCUGGACCACCGGGCAGCAUUCGCCGGCUUCCCGACACGCCUCGGUGCGCUUCAAGGCGUGGACCGGCGAGAUCUUUGAAGCCGGAGGAGAGCUGGAACCUGAUGUGGUGGAAGACUCUUGCUGGAUGAAAGACGGGCGCUGGCACCAGGCCCAUUUUGUGUUCCGCUUGCUGGACCCCUCCCUGCUCCCCGUGACCGACGUGAUCCGUCUACCCGAGACCGGCCCAGGAUCGCAUUACCACCUGGAGAUCGGACCCGUCUGCUUCACGUGAGCCGGGAAGCGUCAUUCGGCCCAGCCCAGUCCAGCCUCCCCCCGCCAACCUUUCAUUGAAGGAGAGCAGGCGGGAUGGAGUUUGGGGGAGUUCUUGCACUAAUAUCCUCUCAAUAGCUUCUUCCAGCUCCUCCGUGAAACAAACAAAAACAAAAAAAAUAGGCCCGCGCCAUCUCUCUGGAACAUUUCCACGUGGAGGACGCCCGGACGGAGGGCUAAUUAAGCGGACCGGAUUCGAAUCAUAACUUAUUUUUGUAUACAUUGCGUAUAUUACUUGAUUUGAGUUUGGGCAACAACAAGACGAAUCCAUUCCGAUAUCCUACGAGAGAGAGAAAAAUAUGAUCAAAUAAUGUACAUAUAUGUAUUCUUCUGGUUUUCUUUGAUACAUGUUUAUCUCAUUUUCAAGUGCAAUAGAAAAGGAGAAGAUAAUGUUACAGGUUAAACUGAGAUGAGGGGGCGGGCAGUGGGUUUCAUUAUUUUAUUUUGGUGCUCAUCUCCUUACUUCCAAUAUUAUUCAUCUAUUUUUUUUUGGGGGGGUGGGGGCAGUCACAGUUCACAAUCCCAUUUAUAUUUAUUAUUAGUGUGCACUCCAAAAAGGGAGAUAUUGUAAAAGUCAGUGGUGUGAGAAAAGACUUGUUAUAGAUGCCACUGAUGUGAAUAUCUGCAGCUUUAGUCAUUGAGGGGAAACAAUAUGUAUAAAAUAUGACAAAAAAAAUAUAUGAAGGUUUAGUUCUCGUUUUAUUUUUAGUCUUGCGGUCAGUUUGAGAUCCUUGUGUCCACACUUUUUUUUUUCUUCCAUAGUAAAUGAGUGAAAGGUGCUAAUAAUUUUGCUGUAAUUACACCACUCUGCUUGCAUAUUCUGUUCAUAGUGCAGGCUCGCUUGGAUUAAUUUAAAACAAAAUAAAAAUCUAUAUGGAGAGAGAGAAAGAGUGCAUUGCCCUAGAUUCCAUAAUUAUAGUUUUCAAACGCUCACCCUGUUGGUUGUGAAACGCUCUUAGCGAUACAACUCUACGCCGUAUCAAGCAAGUAUUUUUUUAAUUCCUUGUUUAAAAAAAAAAAAAAAAACUCCCCUUGCAGCAGCUGUGUAUGUAAUAGUCAUUAAAAAAAAAAAAAGGGAAAAAAACAUGUUUGUGUAUCGUUGAUCCCCGACCUUGCUAAUUUAAUAUUUAAUUUGUGGAGCAGCGAAUAUCUCUUGUCCACUCUCCUCGCGGAAUAUCUUUCUAUAUAUCUCAGUUGGCCUAACUGGUCUUGGAGUUAUAUAUUUUUUCUUAUGUGUACAUUUUGAGGCUCGAGCGAACAAAUUUAUUGCAAAAUACAUUUCUUUGUUUCUCUAUGAUAAUCCAUCAUGUACUGUAUCAGGUGCUAUUCUAUUACUUGUGUUUUGAAGGAAGGACAAAAUGCCAAAUAUGUGAACUGGUUCCUUGUUACUUUGUUUUGUAGUUGUGUUGUAGACAUGAAAGCCUGACAUUUUGCAGAUGACAACCAGGGCAAAAGGUGAAUAAGGUUUUCCGGUUUCCUGUGUGAAUACAACCAGCUUGUUUGGGGAAUACAGUAGCCUAUAUAUAUUAAUAUUAUGAAGUCAAAGUAUCUCACGCUGCAAAUGUUAUUGGUCUCUGCUCUUUACUUGGCGUUCCGUUUGUUCAAUAAAAACUUUCAAUUUG